AUGAAAUCAAACAGAUUACUCUACGAUGUUGCAUCUGGUCUGAAGCCACAAGCAUCUUCCCCAGCACUUGGCGAGCAAGAUAUAUUCUCAACUAUAAACGCUUGCCCUACAAGACUGUCUACGUCUCCUAUCCCGACAUUGAUGCCUAUGGAUUCGUCUCGACUUUCGCCAAUGGAUCAAGGUCCAAAUAGACCAAAGACGUUUCUCCCAGUCAUCUCUGUUCCGUCUGAAGACGGCGGACCUCCAAGCGUCAUUGCUGACUCUAUCAAUAUAGCCAUUUUUCUAGACGCCGAGUAUCCAGACACACCUCGCGUCUUACCACCAAACACGCGCGCGUUGCAAAUCGCAUUUGCAAAACGUUCGACCCUCGACCCGCGGGGUGCAGAGUACUACAAGUCUACACGCGAAAAGUGGUUCAACAUUCAACUGGACGAAUACUAUCCACGCUCACCUGAAGCGUUUCAAGCCCAGCCAAGAUACACGGAGUUCUCGACGUAA